CAACAAGUUACCAUGACUACUAAAACAUGUUUGAGAAAACCCCCAAAAUUUGACCGAAGUACAGAGUACGUUUACAUUUGCAUUUCCAUGUCCGCGUCCGUGAUAAAGGUCUAUUUAUAACAUAUCGAUAUUAAAAAUAGUGUGUGGUUUUCCAACUGCAGUUUAACUUAGGUGAGAGCAACGGGAUCAGUGACAUGGUAGUAGGAAAGCCUUGCAGAGAAGGGAUGAAACAUUUCUGUUGAAAGGUUUUCGUUCCAGUUGUAAAUGAGCAUGGGUGUGUCGGAGUUUCGCCACCAGUUUGACACGUGGGAAGUUUAUCCACGCGUGUACCACUUCCAGAAAAGAUACAAAGAUAUUUAUAACAGGUUCUGCAAUAUAACAGGUAAAGGACCAUAUUCAUUCAUUUUCAAGAAAUCCGAUUUGUUUGACGACUUAACCAGCUUCAAAAGCAUACUGGAAAAACCACUACAGAUAUACGUCAUUGGCCGAAAAAAUCUUGACAAAGAUGAUUUAGUUGUAACGUCCGAACCACUUCAGCGUGCAAAGGGCGCCGCCUUGUUUCCACAGCAAGAAAAAUCAAAGAGGAUGGUCGAAGACUACGGAAUAACACUUGUUGUAGCACACGUGCAGAUAAAAGAUGUUAAAGAGAAUGGAAAGAAG